AUGGUCCAGAGUAUUCCCCAGGUAAGUAGCGCGGCGGACUCCGCAACAACUAGCGGCAAGACCAGCUCCAAAAUCGGGGUGGGUCACUUGCAAAACAGCUGGGAUGGACCGUCGAAGGAUAAAAACGACGGACUUUGCAACGAUCUUUCAGCGAAAGCCAUUCACGCCGAUUUCUCGAAGGCCUUAAACUAUUUGCCCAAUUGCCGGCAUUGA